CCUUAACUUUGCUUGCAUCUCAGAGAGAGAGAGAGGAAAUUGAAGCCAAUGGACAUGUUUAGCAGAAGAGGUUCAACAUGUGUGGUGCUAAUAAUAUUGGUGGCUGCAUUGUGUGUGAUGCAGAUCAAUGCAGCUGAUACAAGGACUUGCACCAACAGAAGGAGCCCUUGCUUUUUGAGGAGAAUAAAAUGCCCAGAGGAGUGCCCCUCAGCCUCACCCUCUGAUCCUAACGCUAAAGUCUGCUAUAUUGACUGUGAUUCUCCAAUAUGCAAGGCUCAAUGCAAAAGACGCAAACCAAACUGCAAUGGUCGUGGAUCCGCAUGUUUAGACCCUCGUUUUGUUGGCGCGGAUGGGAUUGUGUUCUACUUCCAUGGAAGGAGGAAUGAGCAUUUCACCUUAGUAUCAGACACCAACUUGCAAAUCAAUGCCCAUUUCAUCGGUCUUCGGCCAGCUGGGAGGUCUAGAGACUACACUUGGAUCCAAGCACUGGGAAUCCUCUUUGACUCUCAUAAAUUCUCCAUUGAAGCCACCCCAGCAGCAACUUGGGAUGAUGAAGUUGACCAUUUAAAGCUCUCUUACAAUAGAGAAGAAAUUAUCAUCCCAAAAAGCCACUUCUUUGCUUGGGAAUCCCCAGAAAACAAGGUUAGAGUGGAGAGAACUUCAAGCAAGAACAGUGUCAUGAUUACUAUUUCAGAAGUUGUAGAGAUAUCUGUGAAUGUUGUGCCUGUGACUGAGGAAGAUAGUAGAAUCCAUAACUAUCAAAUUCCUGAAGACGAUUGCUUUGCUCACCUGGAGGUGCAAUUCAAGUUCUAUGGUUUAUCACCUAAAGUUGAAGGGGUUCUUGGGAGGACUUACCAGCCGGAUUUCAAAAAUCCAGUGAAGCCCGGCGUGGCAAUGCCAGUGGUUGGAGGGGAGGACAAGUAUAGAACAACUUCACUUCUUUCUACAGAUUGUGGAAUGUGUUUGUUCUCUCCUGCUCAAGCUUUUCCACAAAAGAAAGAAGAGUUAGUAAUGGAAUAUGGGAUGUUAGAUUGCACAAGUGCUGCAAACAGUGGGAAUGGUAUAGUUUGCAGAAGAUAAACAAAUCAGGAAAUCACCAUUGUGAUUCUAGAAUAAUCAUAUGUUUGAUUUAUUUAAGAGAAUGUUUGUCCGUGUUAAACUUCAUGGUUUGAGUAAAAGGUGUGUGUAACCUUUUGUUUUA